CUUAUAUGCUUCCUCUUCCUUCUUCCUUUCUGGGAUCCAAACCUUCGCACACAUCUCCGGUGAAGAUAUGAAGAUCCGCUCUUGCCUCUCCGCCAUUCUUCUGUCCUUCUUCUUCUCCGCUUCUUUUGCUGAACAAAAUGUCCGGACAGAGCGAAUUUCAGGAAGUGCUGGUGAUGUUUUGGAGGAUAAUCCAGUGGGAAAGCUUAAGGUUUAUGUAUACGAGCUUCCAAGCAAGUACAACAAGAAAUUACUCCAAAAGGAUCCUCGAUGUCUUACACACAUGUUUGCUGCUGAGAUUUUUAUGCACAGGUUCCUUUUAUCUAGUCCUGUUCGAACUCGUAAUCCCGAUGAAGCUGAUUGGUUUUACACUCCAAUCUACCCUACUUGCGAUCUCACUCCUACAGGCUUGCCAUUGCCUUUUAAAUCCCCGCGUAUGAUGAGAAGUGCGAUACAGUUAAUCUCAUCAAAUUGGCCUUAUUGGAAUCGGACAGAGGGAGCUGAUCACUUCUUUGUUGUUCCCCAUGACUUUGGAGCUUGCUUCCAUUAUCAGGAGGAAAAAGCAAUUGAAAGAGGGAUACUUCCGCUACUCCAGCGUGCCACUUUGGUUCAGACAUUUGGUCAAAGGAACCAUGUCUGUUUGGACGAAGGCUCGAUCACUAUUCCUCCUUUUGCACCUCCACAGAAGAUGCAGGCCCAUUUUAUUCCUCCAGAUAUUCCACGUUCUAUCUUUGUCUACUUCCGCGGUUUAUUCUACGAUGUUAACAACGACCCAGAAGGCGGCUAUUAUGCUAGAGGUGCAAGAGCAGCGGUGUGGGAGAACUUCAAAAACAACCCUCUGUUCGACAUCUCAACAGAUCACCCGACAACAUACUACGAAGACAUGCAGAGAGCCAUCUUUUGUCUAUGUCCUCUAGGAUGGGCUCCAUGGAGCCCGAGGUUAGUUGAAGCGGUUGUGUUUGGGUGUAUCCCAGUUAUCAUAGCAGACGACAUAGUACUGCCUUUCGCAGACGCCAUCCCCUGGGAAGAAAUAGGAGUCUUUGUUGCGGAAAAAGACGUCCCUGAACUAGACACGAUCCUAACCUCGAUACCAACAGAAGUGAUACUCAGAAAACAGAGACUCCUUGCAAAUCCUUCGAUGAAACGAGCCAUGCUCUUCCCUCAACCGGCGCAACCAGGGGAUGCAUUCCACCAGAUACUUAACGGGUUAGCUCGGAAGUUACCCCACGAGAAAAGCAUAUACUUGAAGACAGGUGAGAAGGCACUGAACUGGACUGCUGGUCCUGUUAGUGACCUUAAACCUUGAGAAAGAGAGAGAGAGGCGGCCAUGGGAGGAGGAAUGGGUGCGUUUUGGGGAACUCGAGUGAUGGAAUUGGUGAAGAAGCACGAUUCCGGUGGUCUUCUUUGGAAGCGGAUCAAGCUUACACCUACUCGUAAAGCCAAUGCCAAAACCCGCCUCCGUCGCGUUUGGCAGAAUGAGGCUGUUCUAAGGGCGUGUGGUGAAUCAGAUGCACCAAAUUCUCCGGGAGCUAGCAACACAAAAAGCUGUAGCAGUGCGGUGAAAAAUGACUUUUUCUCUUCCAAAGGCAAUUAUCGAAAUCCUGCAAAAAGUUUCUCCGCCAAAUCUCUCCAAAACCCUUUCUCUUCUAUACUUGGCUUCUUCUUCUUCUACUGCGGUCGCUCCUUCGUCUCCAUCUUCAUACGUAAUCUCGAAGUCGGUUGUUUCAAUCCUGCCAUGGCCGAAGGGAAGUUCGAUCUGCCUGACGAUCUCAUCUUUUCCAAAUCUUCUGAUCAGCUGAAAGAAUUGGCGUCAGAUAACAGCAUUCCCUUGUCUCCGCAGUGGCUUUACACGAAAUCAAGCGAGAGCAAGAUGGAUGUUCGAUCUCCUACUCCUGUUCCCAUGGGAAAUCCAAGUGACCCAAAUCUGAAGGAUGCAUGGCGCUUGGAUGCACCUGAAGACAAAAAGGACUGGAGGAAAAUUGUGCCUGAGAAUGAAACUAGUCGCAGAUGGCGUGAAGAGGAAAGAGAAACUGGUUUACUCGGUGCUAGGAAAGUUGAUCGACGAAAAACAGAACGUCGCGUUGACACUGUCUCAAGCAGAGAAACUGGUGACAAUAAAAAUACUGCUGCUUCUGAUAGGUGGAAUGAUGUUAAUUCUCGUGCUGCUGUAAAUGAACCCCGGCGCGACAACAAAUGGUCAUCUCGGUGGGGUCCUGAUGACAAAGAGAAAGAAACCCGUUGUGAAAAGGUAGAUAACAUCAAGGACAAGGAAGAGCCACAGGGUGAAAGUCAAUCUGUGGUUAGCAGCGUCCGUACAACUUCUGAACGGGACUCCGACCCUCGUGACAAAUGGAGGCCUCGUCAUAGGAUGGAAUCUCAGGCUGGUGGGCCGACUUCUUAUCGCGCUGCACCUGGGUUUGGACUUGAUAGAGGACGAGCCGAGGGCCCAAAUUUAGGGUUCACUGUGGGCCGAGGAAGGGCAUCUACUAUUGGGAGGGGUUCUUCAACUUCCUUAAUUGGUGCUGGUAGUGCUUCAGCCCCUGUGUUUCGGUAUCCAAGGGGUAAGUUGCUUGACAUGUAUAGAGAACAGAAGCCUGAUCCUUCCCUAGGUAGGAUACCGACUGAAAUGGAUGAGAUUGCCUCCAUAACUCAAGUGGCUCUGAUCGAACCUCUUGCUUUUAUCCCACCUGAUGCCGAAGAAGAGGCAAGCCUUAACGGCAUAUGGAAGGGAAGGAUCAUUAGUAGCGAAGUUUAUACUUCAUCUGGGGAAGAAUCCUUAGGUGAAAACAGUCUGGUGGAAUACCGCAUACCUGACUCAGGUGAGACAAAAGUGGAUGGUGCUUUUAAUGGUGACAAUAGUUCCCUGCAAAAUAAUGAUUCCGGAUUACUUGGUAGUCAAAGUGGAAGUUUAGGGGCUGCUUCUAGCGUCUCAAGAUUGAAUUUAGUGGCUUCUGAAAGUUGUGGAUCUGUUGGAGCUGGUUAUCAAGCUUCUCAUGGAAGUCCUGAAGCGGUUAGAUCUGCGUUUACUAAGUCCUCUGUGUUGGAUGGGAGUGAAUCCGUUAUUGCUUCUUUCGAGCAAGAUUAUACGGGCAAGCUGCAGCAACCAGAUAUUGAAGUGAAUCACUCGGAAGGGGCUAUGCCACCUGAGGAGUUUUUGUUCUUGUAUAUUGACCCUCAAGGAGUAAUUCAGGGACCGUUUAUUGGUUCUGACAUUAUUUCAUGGUUUGAACAAGGGUUUUUUGGGACAGACCUACAGGUUCGCUUGGCAAAUGCUCCAGAAGGAACUCCUUUUCAAGAUCUAGGUAGGGUCAUGUCAUAUUUAAAGACAGAAAGCGUUCAUGCCCAUAUCAGUGACCAAAAGAGUGAGCUAGAAGAGACUAGUUUAAAAGAAAAUUCAGAGGCUGGUGUAUCAAUUGCACCUGUAGCAGAAUCUAAUGAUUCAUCCUCAUUGACUGGCAUGUCUCGUUCAUUUUCUGGGUAUGAUAACCCUUCAGCUCAGGAUAAUUUUCUGAGAAAGUCCGAGUCAGAAGUUUAUGUAAGACCACCACAUGCCGAGGACCAAAGCUUCUUGGACUUUUCUGCUCAGGAUGAAGAAAUUGUAUUCCCAGGAAGAGCUGGAGUUUCUGGUUGUGCGUCGUCUGUAAAAUCCUCUACAAGUAUGCAUGAUACUUUUAUGGAAUUUUCUGGCCACUCUGAUAUCCCUGUUGAAUCAACUAAGGCUGCUACUCGAAAUCAGAAUGAGAAUAAGCUGCACCCAUUUGGUGUGUUGUGGUCUGAGCUAGAGGGCGGUAGUACACCAGUUAACCCGUCAAACAGAUCUUAUGGUGCGAUGGGGGAGCCUACUGGUUCAAUAGACAACCGUCCCAUUAAUUCCCGAAGAAAUACACAAAUUGACCCCAGCAUGUCCCUCGAUACUCUGACUGCUAACCGGAUGUCACAGUUUGAACAUGAAUCCAACUUCUUUAAUCAUGGGGAUCAACAUCACCAACAGCAUUUCCAGAAUCGGGAUAUGCUGUCGCAUUUACAUAUAGGUGAUCAAGCUCAGGAUCUGGAGCAUUUAAUAACUCUCCAGUUGCAGCAGCAACAGAAGAUUCAGUUGCAACAGCAGCAGAAGAUUCAAUUGCAACAGCAGCAGAAGAUUCAGUUGCAACAGCAUCAGCUGGAACAAGAGCAUCAGUUACAUCAGAAGCUCUUACAGGAGCAACAACAGUCCCAUGCUCGACAAUUACAUUUUCAACAGAUUUUACAAGGACAGACACCUGAUACAAGGUUUGGGCAGUCACAUGACUUCCCUCGAUCCAACAAUGUUGAUCAGAUGUUGUUAGAGCAGCAGCUGAUGAAUGAACUGCAGAAAAGUUCUGGCCAUCCUUCACAAAAUUUCGCACCAUAUAUUGAGCAACUUGCUGCCGGAAAUUUUGAGCAGUUUUCUCAUGAAGGCCAUCAAAGGGAGCUACUUGAACAGCUACUUUCAACACAAAUGCAGUCUCAGUAUGGACAAAAGCAAUCUCAUUAUGGACAAAUGCAAUCUCAACACGGACAACUGCAAUCUGAAACAAUCCGGUCUUUGGAGUACCAGCUGCUGCAGCAAGAGCAGCUUAUGCAAUUGGCAAAUGGAGUGAGGCACAAUACACUAUUCGAGGAACAAAGACAUAUUGACCCUCUGUGGCCAUCUGACCAUAGUGAUCAGCUUUUAAGAACUCAUCCUGGUAUCCAGCGUUCACACUCUUCUGCAGGGUUUAGACCAUUAGACUUUCAUCAACAGCAGCAGAGGCCACCCUUCGAGGAUCAGUUUGGUCAACUUGAGCGGAACCUUUCAUAUCAGCAACAACUUCGACAAGAAUUAUUCGAGCAGGGUCUUCCAUUUGAGAGAUCAGCAUCGGGGCGGAAUCUGGAUGCAGUAAAUGGUCUUGGUCUCUCUCAGGGUCUGGAGUUGCGGGAUGCUACUGCCCACAUGCAAUCUUCUGGCAGAUUGGGAAAUUCUACUCCCGGUUUCAGUCAUCAGAAUCCCCGUAUACCAUUAGGUGAACCACAUUUUUCACAAUUGGAACCAAUGGAAGGACGCUGGUCUGGAGCAGAUACACAGCUAGCUGGUGACUGGGCUGAAUCUCAAUUUCGUAGAUCUAAUAUGGAUACUGAACAUCAUAAAAUGAGGUCGGAAAUUAGGAGACUGGGUGAAGAUUCCAACUCAUGGAUGGUAGGUGGGUCUACAGACGACAAGUCAAAACAGCUUUUUAUGGAGUUGCUCCACCAGAGACCCGGCCAUCAAUCUGCUGAGUCACCAAGCAUGAACCGUGGGUAUCCCUAUGACAGGAUGGUUCCUUCAGGCCUUACCCCAGGGAUUCAAAUGCUUGGCGGCUUUUCGGACCAUGGUGGUAGUCAAAUCGUUUCAUCUGCUUUUGGGGCUCGUUCAUUUUCUGAUGAACAAGUCAACAGAAUGCCGGGAGAUAGGAACAAUAUGGGAUCAUUGCACCGUAAUGGUUCCUUGCUUUCUGGAAUUAUCGAUGGUGGGCGGUCAACUCAGAAUGAAAGUCAAGCCUUCAGUAAUAUGUUUGCUAUGAACAAGGACGCAAAUGACAUCAAAACUUGGAACAAUGUGCCGCCUAAAAAUGAGGGAAUGGGAAGGAUGAUGUCAUAUGAAGCCCAAGACAGAAUGGGUAAGCAAGCAGUAUUAGACUCCCUGGUUCAAGACGAGCUCCCUGUUGUUACACCUGGUCAACAGUCUUCUUUCAAUAUCUCUGACCAAUACAGUGACAACUUGGUUGGAGAAGAUAGAAGGAAGGAUAGGUUGGUAGUUCCAUCACAUGGACAGGAUUCAGUUUUGUUAAAAAGGCCUCCUUCAUCCCAUUCUUCAUCAUCGCAUGAAGGAUUGCUCGAGCGUAUGUCUGAUACAGCUAGCAGGACAGCAGCAAGUUCUUAUAGUGGAAUAGAAGCAGGAGGUGUGAGACGGGAAUCAGGAGCAGCAGGAAACAAAGGGUCAACGUCAGAGGCCGCAUCGUUCAGUGAGAUGUUGAAGAAGAGUAAUAGCAUGAAGAAGGUGGCGGCAGAGUCAUCUGAUGCAACCGAAGGAAGCAAAGGUGGUGGUGGGAAGAAGAAAGGGAAGAAAGGGAGGCAGAUAGAUCCAGCUCUUCUCGGUUUCAAAGUCACUAGCAAUCGCAUUCUUAUGGGUGAGAUCCACCGUGCUGAUGAUUUUUAGCUUUUUGUUCUUCUGUACAAAAUCUUUACAUGUAAAGAUUAGCUUCUCAUACUUAGGCGUAUAGGUCCUUCUCGGACAGAUUUCUUCCAUCACAUUACACAGCACAAGAAAUAAAAUAUUAAUGUUUUU